AUGGGUGCUGCUGGACAAGGCUUAUUUGGCUUAAGUGAACCCGGUGAAAAUGGAAGGGGUGUAAUUGUACCUCCAGAGUAUCAGGAGGAGAGCCGCAAGUUAUUUCAAAGAAAUAGAUUUAAUCAAUGGGCCAGUGAUCGAAUAUCCUUGCAUCGAUCACUCCCAGAUGCACGAAUAUUGGAGUGCAGCAGUCUAAAAUAUCCUAUUCAUAAAUUGCCCCAGACAAGCGUAAUAAUUGUCUUUCACAAUGAAGCAUGGUCGACGUUGUUACGCACCGUUCACAGCGUUUUAGAUAGAUCACCACCGGAAUUAUUACGCGAAAUUAUUUUAGUGGACGAUAGCAGCGAUCAUGAGGAAUUGCAUUCUACUCUUGAAAAAUAUGUCGCUAAGCUAUCCAAAGUCAAAAUUGUCAGGAAUAAAGCACGAGAAGGCUUGAUAAGAUCGAGACUAAAUGGUUUUGCUCAUGCAACAUCUCCUACGGUAACUUUUCUUGAUGCACAUUGUGAGGCUAAUGUGGGAUGGCUAGAGCCGUUGCUGUAUCGUAUUAUGCAGAAUCGGACGAUAGUUGUUUGCCCUGAGAUUGAUGUUAUUAGCGACGAAACGUUUGAGUAUACAUAUUCCUCUGGGAACGUGCGUGGCUCUUUUAAUUGGAACCUUAAUUUCCGAUGGAAAGCCGUACCGGAAUACGAAAAUAAGAGAAGAGCUGCACGAACAGAUGGAAUUAGAUCACCAACAAUGGCUGGUGGACUUUUCACGAUUCAUUCGCAGUAUUUUAAAGACAUCGGAUUAUACGAUAAACAGAUGGAAAUUUGGGGCGGUGAAAAUUUAGAGCUAUCAUUUAGGAUUUGGCAGUGCGGUGGUCAGUUGGAGAUCAUUCCUUGUUCUCAUGUAGGGCAUGUAUUUCGGAAAAGUCAGCCUUAUAGUUUUCCUAAAGGAACUGGAGAAACCUUAAGUAAAAACUUACAAAGAGUUGCUGAAGUAUGGAUGGAUGGCUAUAAACGAUACUUUUAUAAGCGGCAACCUCACUUGAAAGGUCAUCCUUUUGGGGAUAUUUCUAAGCGACUGGAAUUAAGGAAAAAAUUAAAAUGCAAAAACUUCGAUUGGUAUAUAAAGAAUGUAGUUCCGGAGAUUUUUCUACCAAACUCUUCAAUUAUUGCCAGAGGAGAGCUCCGUAAUCCCGCUAGCGGAGAUUGUAUCGAUUCCCUCGGUGCAGGUGAACAUGCUUAUAUUGGCAUUUAUAAAUGUCAUAAACAAAUGGGUAAUCAGUACCUGGUUUACACUAAAAAUGAGGAAAUCAUCGUUGACGAUAACUGUUUUGAUUACGCUAAUUCUCAACCGAGUAGUAAGGUCAAAAUGCUUGAUUGUCACUCAAUGAAAGGCAAUCAACAAUGGCUACAUACAAAGGUAGGAAUAAGCCACAUGCGUCAUGCACCAACUGGCUGGUGCUUAGAUCGUGGUAAAGAACAAUUUGUAGUCUUAAAUCCUUGUAACAAUGGUCCGUCUCAGAAAUGGUUAUUUAGCGAAUAUGUAGAACGUGAUAAGGCUCCGCAAAUUUAG